AAAAAAAAAAACCAGACCAAUUCGAGACUGGCAGUGAGGACCCAAGGAGAGGGGCGCGUUAGAGGCCCUUUCUCAGUUCGGCCAGAAAGUGAGAGAUUUCUUCAUUGUGAAAAAUGUCAUCUGUAAGUUCAUCAGAGUUGGAUGGAGACUCAGAUCCAGAAUUAGCAGCUGAAUUAGGGGCUGAAUUAGGGGCUGAAUUUCAGGAAGUAAAUUUGUCAGAUGUUGUACCACUUGAAGACCUUAAAGCUAUUGAAAAAGGCCAUGCUGCUCAAGUGAUCCAGAGAGCUUGGUGUUCUCAUAUGGAUAAAAUGAUGUUUCAGCUCUUAAAACACACAAUUUGUGCAGCGGAAAAUUGUGUAACACAUGAAAUACUGAAGAAAGUGUGUCCCUUAGAGGCUGCUCUUGUAAGAGAUCCUAGUGUGCAGUGUAAGGUUAGAUUCAGAUUUGGUGGCAAGAACUUUCCACCUUUUAUUGUAUUUAAAAUUUUCCUUCACACUGGAGGCCAUGGAAACAAGUAUUUCAGUGGAAAAAAUACAUUGAGGCCAUCAAGUGAGGCAGUGGUUGAUGCUUGCAAACUAAUGGGAAAUCGGAAAUACUAUGACCAAAUAAUUCAGGACCAACUUCAAUUCCAAAAGUACAAAGUUGCUGAUGAAGUUGAUGUUGUUACUAUGAAGGAUUAUAUGCAUUUUACCAGUUUUCUAGAUGAAACCCCAGCAUAUCUUGGUGGCAAAAGUAACUGCUGGAGAAGGCUGAGCCUGCAAAACUUCCCAAAGACAAUGAUAAUGUAUGACAUAAUGGAUUAUGCAACAUCUGGAACACUCUCAGAUCGUCUGCAAAAAGAAUUGAAGUAUCUAUUGCAAAAACCAAAAUCUGAAGAGAUGCAACGUGACCAGCUCCGGAUUAUUUCUCAAAUUAGGACUUCUCCUUCAUCCUCUUCUAUAAGUGUCUCCUCUUUACAACAAUAUUAUCAACAACUAGUAAAGCCCAAGCAUUCAGGCCGUCGCUCAAAGCAAGCACGAAUGAAGAUUGCAAAAAUGAGAAAAACUUUUAAGAAGGAAAAGGAGAAAAAAAUGGAAGAACCAAAUAUGCAAAAAAGAAAUGAAAAAAAUCAUCAAAUCGUUAUCAUUACUCCAUCUUACGAAAUUUUGGGAAUUAACUCACCUCCUUCUGAUGAUGAAUUGGAGCAAGAAGCAAAGGAAUUAUUUACUUGGACCAGAGAUCUAUGUCUUGAUAACUCAUAGUUAAUUAAUAAAAUAAUCAAUAUAUAAAUGAUUAAUACAAGUAUUAACAAAUACAGGUAUGUAGAUUUUGCUCCUAACCCAAUAUAAGUGGUUAAGUUUUCUUAAAAAGCAGUAGUACUUUGAUGUGCUUUAAAGAGAAAUAUUCCUUCCAUCAGAAUUUGAAUAAAAAUACUUUAAUGAAUGUGACAAAA